GGAGCAACACAGUGUUACUGCUGAGCAAGAAGCAACAUUUAAUGUCCAUGAGAUCCUCAACCAAACCCCUGAUGGUAGAGCGUUGAUUGCCAGUCUUGAAAGCCAUCACAUCUCAAUUAAUGAGAGGAGAUCCAUGGUCCGAAUACUCGUGUCCCAUCUCAUCGAGCGCUUUGGAGAAAAUCCAACUUCCGGUACAAAGGCAGCGCUGGCAUCAUCAAUUGUGGAUCAGUUUCCAUGUUUAAGAGACCCCCUUGGCACAGGCUAUGAUGCAUGGUUCACUCCAGGCAGAAAGCACAGACCUGCGACAGGGUUUCUUGAAGAGCGCCUUCGUAAUAUUAGAAAAAGACUGCGCAGCACACAAAUGAGAAGAACUCCACAAGCACCCCAAGAACACCCCAGUAUGACAUUUCCAGAACCAAAUAUAACUGGAGACAGAGCCAUACAAUUAACAGAGUGGCUCAAGAACAAUAUCUGGCCUCCGGCCCAAGUUGCCCAAUACAUGCUGGAGACAGCAGUCCACAGGGCUCAGUGGAUCCGUGCCAACGGCAACACACCGAUGCAUGCAGUCAUUGCAGAGUUUCCACGUUUGGUGGACACUCCAGGCAUGAUUUCACAGGAUUUUGGUGUGCUGUACCCAGAGUCCUCUGGAAGACUCACAGAAAAUUGGAGCACAGUUUUCUCUUCCAAAUUAAUUCAAUUAGCUAAAAAAGAGAAGGUCGCUGAACUCCCUGCCAAUAUAGAUUUGCUUCCAGCAGACACACAAGGGGAUGUAGCUCUCCUGCUGCUUCCAAUGUUGUUCCCAUGUGCCCCAUAUAAAGUUGGGAGAAAAGUCUUCCGCCCCAGCAGCCUGGAAAAGCGCAAGGCCUUUAUUGAUGUCCAACCUACCGGAACCAACAUGGUUCAGUACUUGAGUUCGGCACAGGUGGACUACCCUUUUGUGUUGAUGCUGGGUGAGGACAAUGUGUGCUCGCAAGCAUUUGUGAUCAUUUCUGGGGCAGCCCUUGAGCAGCCAUCUCUUUUGGGUGCAGCUGAUGUGUGUUUUAAAUCCUUUUAUGUUCUUGAUUGCUGCUACCCCAAACAAUGUGCCCAAGUGUGGGAAUUUAUUCAAACAGUUAUCUUUGACAUCCCUGGAAAAGAAUCGAAUACUGUGAAAUUCAUGAGGGCCCAGUUGUCAGGGAUGUAAGGGCAUUUUGCCUUUGCUGCUUCAAGCCGUGCUGUUAGUGCCAUGCAUUGCUGUGUUUUUUGACAUGUACAUAUGCAGCUGACCUGUGUUUUAAAUCAUUUUAUGUCCUUGAUUGCUGCUUCCCCAAACAAUUU